AUAUAUAACAACAAUAUGACUACUACUAACACAAAAUAUAGUGCUGAAGGUAUUCAACAAAGAGCUCAACAAUUAUUCAAUAAGGUAGAUGUGGAAUUGUCUCAAUACAAAUAUGCCAAUGAAGUGGAACGUCUUACUGGUGUACGUAAAAGUUAUAUUGCUGCUGGUAUAGCAGGUAUCUUCACUAUUAUGAUCUUCUUCAAUCUUGCUGGUCAACUUUUGACUAAUACUAUCUCUUGGAUUUAUCCUGCUUAUGCAUCCUUCAAAGCCAUUGAAACACCUGCAACUGAUGAUGAUAAACAAUGGUUAACUUAUUGGACUGUUAUUGGUUUUGUACAAAUGAUUGAAUACUUCUCUGAUAUUUUAUUAUUCUGGUUCCCCUUUUAUUAUCUUUUCAAGACUGUUCUUAUUCUUUGGUUGGCUUUACCUCAAUUCAGAGGUGCUGAAAUCUUAUAUAGUCGAUUCUUACGUCCUCAAUUGCUUAAACUUCAAGGUGAUAUUGAUCAUCAAGCUCAUGAACUUCGAGACAAGGUUGGAAAUAUCGCAAAUGAUAUUCUUGGUCCAAAGAAGGAUUAAAAAAAAAAAAAAAAGAAAGAUUACUAGUUACUAUGUGAUAUUUUAAAAAUAAAAAUUUUUUUUUUUUUCAUUUAACAUAUUA